AUGGCCUAUGGGACUUCUGCGGCACAUGUUGUGGAUGGCGGUGAUGAUGUAUUCUCACGGAGUUUUGCUCACCAUAUGGCGUCGACACAAUCUCAGCACGACCUUGACGGGUUCUUAUCCGGUCAGCAAGAGGCAUUUUGGGAGGACUUUGGUGAUGAAGAAGUUCUUAAGUCCACGCCGAGCUCAUAUCACCACUACCACCACGACCACCAGCAGAUGGAAGUCACAUUCCCCCAAAGCGGACAACAUUCUGCUGCUGGUGGUGGUGGUGGUGGUGAUAUGGAUUUCGUUUCGUCGGUCGGUUCACCAUCUGUUUCGUCCGAGUCGUUUUUCGACAGGUCGUGGGCGAGUGCGCAACACCCGGCUCCCCUAGAUCGCAUCAGUCCAUUCUUUAAACGCAGCCCUCAGGAGGAAAAGCACGAGCGCCGGAAAGCGCAGAACAGAGAAGCGCAGCGAUCUUACAGGAGGCGGAGAGACGCGCUCCUUGAACGAGCACAAUCGCAACUGAAGCUUUCAGAGCAAGAAAUCAUACGGCUGCAAACCGAGAACGAAGAAAUGGGUCGCCUCCUUCGAUCACUCCAUGGCGAGAGUUUAGCGCCAGGCUCCCUGCCCGACCGUCGGCCUCGGCCAGACAAAGCUUAUAGCCCACCAGCAGGUGCACAGAAGAAGGGUCGUCACGAGCAACUUGAGUGUCGCUAUGUUUAA